GGUUCAGAACAGCAGGGGCGCCAACUGUGCAGCUCUACCUAAUAUUGGGGGCGCGUCUGCAAGUGGGAAGCGGGUUUCAGUUUCAAACCCAAACAGUAGAAGGAAAGAGCAAGUGGCGUACUGAAAAAAACGAUAGAACUACAUAGUCAAAAGUAUCUCGUCGUUGAAACUUAUACGUGACUGAAACGUCUCACUGCCGUGUUGCGUUUGCUCUGCCGGGCUUGCAUUGGACAGAAUUCGCGUAAAAAAGUCACCCGUGGCGUCUUCGCUCCAGUUUUCCGAGCCUGGAUAAUUUGAUGAUACACCGAGGUUUGGAUUGCUCGCUGCAGGUGUUAACCACCAAACCGUACCGUAUCACACUGAGAAAAAACUACCUGGCUUCAAUUUGAGAGAAUUCGGACACUACGAGCCAUUUCUGCAGGAAAAAUGCCGAGGUCCAACAGGCAGAUAGAAUACAAACCUGGAGAUCUUGUAUUUGCUAAAAUGAAGGGAUAUCCACACUGGCCUGCGAGGGUAAGCACUCAGCAUUGAAUAUCUUGUUUCAGGCAUAUGGGGUUGUCUUUCUCCCUCUUCGUAGCCGCUCAUAGAGCUUGUUUACCCGCGAGGCCUAACGGCAGUGACGGUUAGCCACCAUGAGUUAGCCGUGUUCGGUAACCGUGUUAGCUAACAUUGCCUAGCAUCAGCAGAGCAAGCCAAGUGUGUGCAGUUUGCACAUUUCUUUCGGGUGAUUCAUCAUGUAGACAGACGUCUCAUCUCCCAUCUUGGCAAAUAAAUUACACCAGUUUAAUUUUGUGUUGCUGUUUUAUUUCCACCUGUGCUACCAUUUUCAUCUCCUGGGGCCUUUUUAAGCUAAUUAAUGGUAACCGUUAAAAAUAGCUUGUUAGGUUACCUUCGGAGUAACGGUCAUAGAAUAGAGCAGCAAAUGAAACGGUCAAGAGAGCCGGGAUAACCGCACAGAGACUAAAACCAUCGUUUCACUUCGACAGGAUACAACUCUGAAAGUUUAGUUUCUCGUUUUUAAUAACUGUUGCAUUACAAUACCACACCACACACGGCUGAUGGUGUAGCCAUAUGCUUUGGUGCUCUGUAAACACGCCUGUCUGCCCCCCACUUGUUGCAACAAGUAGUCGUGUUUCUGCUCGUUACAGUUAAUUACUUCCUUAAAUGUUACAAAUUGCUUUAAAAAAGGCGGUAUAACGUAAUGUCUACCCAGUCCUUAAAUACACAGUGACCUGACUUUGCCGUCAGUGUUUCCCAACCAUGGAGCACGACAGUAAAUGAAAACCGUUAAGUCGAAUAAGGUCAACGUGUCUCCCAGCUCAGCGCUUCAUACAAAGUCUUAUCCGGUUAUAUUUUUAUUCACAGGGAUGAAAAUAAAGUGUUUGGCUCUUUACUUUUGACCACUGACAUGUUCUGAAAGGUUAAAAGUUUAAGCUGGUCCAUGAAGUUAUUGCAGUGUCACACAAUUUUACUAGUGUUAAUACAACAACCAUUUAUAUUAUACAUCUACAUUAAGUGAUUGUCUUUGCAUUCACAAAACUUUUAAAAUUAACCAUGGGUGUGUCUUCAUUCAAACUUUUGAAUCGAUCCAAAAAGAGAGGCAAGUUUCAGGAUAUUCUCUUGUCUCUUUCCCUCCUUUUUUUUUUUUACCAGUCUUAUCAGAUAUGCACCAUGUCAGCAGGCUGCAGGCCCUGCCCCACCUACCACCUACUUACACAGUGGCCAGUCCAGCAGAGGCAACAGACGCCAUGCUGUACACUUUUUAAAAACACAGAUAAACAUCGCCAGAGUGGUGGAGGCGAACGGUAAACUGUUAGGGUGGUAGACAUUGGACGCAAAGUGGAGUGACCUGUCCUCAGAUAGCUCUGUAUAGGAGUCAGUUAAUCAAAAAAGAUCUAAUAUUUUGCGUAACUAGUUCAUUUACUAAUUCAUCAAGUUGGAAUGUUAAACCAAGCAACUUUUUAUUUCCCAUUUAUCAGCUUAACAUCAUUUUGAUAUUCACAGAGUAGAAUGAACAUCAUGAUCUGUUAUCUUGACAAGUUAUAUUUUAUAUCUGCAGAUUGAUGAGUUACCUGAAGGAGCAGUGAAGUCCCCCUCAAACAAGUACCAGGUGUUCUUCUUUGGAACACACGAGACGUAAGUCAAUAUCAUAUUUGGAGCCAUAGAGUCAAGUCUUAGGUUGCUUUCUAAAAUACCUCUUAGAUAUAAAUUUCCAUUGAAGAAGGUCUAAUGCAAGCUUCAAAUAGUUACCACUGCUUCUUUCUUACAGAGUAUAAAUUUACCACUAAAAUUAGAUAUAUUUGAUCCAAAUGUUCAAAUAGACUGCGACCUAUGUGACACACCCCAGCAGCUGCAUUUCAGUUCACUUUAACAUGGUUUGCUUUGUUCUUUAAAAACAUAAUCGAUAAAACAUCUCCUCACAGGGCAUUCUUGGGGGCUAAAGAUUUGUUACCAUAUACUGAAAAUAAGGAGAAGCUUGGGAAACCAAACAAGAGGAAAGGCUUCUCUGAGGGGCUGUGGGAGAUAGAGAACAACCCCACUGUCACGCAUGAAGCCUACGAGGUGAGUUUUGUGCCUACUGUAUGGUGGAUAAUUGGUGCUGUAGUAACAGAUGUGCUGUUAGGAGGUAUUGUAUUUAGAGUAACAUGAUGUUUGGCUCUUGUAGUUGAAAUCCUUUACACAGGUAAUGCAAUCAAACACAAUUAACAGGCCACUUACCCAUUUGUUGAAGCAAGGUCAAACUUAACCAGCUCACAAAUGCCAAACAAAAGAUAAAAAGUACUCUGUUUGACUCAACCGAGACAGUGUUUAAAGCUUGUGUCGUGCUGUUAGUGUCCCUAACUCUAACCUUCACUCUCGUUAAUUUUUGCAUGACCGCCCCAAGUCAUCAAAGAAGGAGAAUGAGUCAGAAGGAGGAGGAGAUACUGCUGGUUCAGAGAAACCUGAUGCUGAAGGCAGCAGCGAUGAGGAUGAAGGAGCCCUGGUCAUUGACGAGAAGAACGAGAGGGGGGCUGCUAAGCGAAAAGCAGAGGGGUCCACGGAGGUGAGCCUUUCUCUUUGAGUCUCCCAGAACCAAAAUAGAGGGCCCCGCUCGUGCCAACUCUGACGCUUGUCAAACCUUGUUUAAGGCUUCUCCCAAGAGGCCGAAGGAUUCAGAGGUGGGGGGUGACUCCAAAGUCGACGGCAACAAGUCGAAUGCGGAGACGAAGCUCAACGAUGUAGGCGCGCCCAAGUCGACAGCUCCCUCCUCACAGAGCGAGUCGAAACCAGAGGCCCAGGAAGACGCUGCAGCAGGAGGCCAGCUAACAGCAGACAAGGUUAGACAUCAGGGAUCAGUGAUUUAAAACUAUGUUAAGGACCAUUUCUUAUUGAGAGGUUGUCUAAAAGUAACUCUCCUCUUCUCUCUUUGCAGCCUGCGACAGACAGCGCUUAACGUCAACUCACAAAGGAAAACCAAUUACCUUCUACGCUUUCUCUGGAAUUUGAGCAUCAACAUGAUUACCUGCAGGGUGACGGAUUUCGACUCUUUAAUUAAUAGGAGAAGUUAAAAAAAAAAUAAAAAUCAGAGUGUUUGUAUUGAGACAUAGACAAAUCCUCAUUUGCCAUUAUUUGGGAUAUCAUAUAUCCCAGAAACAACAAAAAAAAGUUUGCUAAUCUGAUUUCAAACAACUGAAAUGAGCACUUUAAGGCUCAUUUAUAAAUGGAAUUUUGGUGUGUAUAUAUUUUUUAUUUCUAAGUGCAAUUACAUAAUUACAAAGACUGAAUGCUAAGCGUCAAGACCAUUUUUCAGUUUGGUGGGGGAAAAAAACAGAAAAUAAUAACUUAAAAAAAAAAAAGAACAUUUUAACCACAGAAAAAGACAACAGAUCCAAUUUGAUGGUUUUAACAUUUAGAUAUUGUACAGGAAUGAGAACAAAUUUCACACAUGCUCUCGGCUUUAGUUCACAGAUUUAAAGUUUUACUCUGAUUUGUAGCUUCUCAGCCUCAGCUUAAGCUCUACAUUUAGUCAGUGGUUACAAGAUGGGUUGCACCUUAAUAAUUUUUUCUGUCCCUGUUCGUUCUCUAGUUCUCUGUAUUCUCUGCAACACCGAUUUCGUUGCUUUACUUGGUUUGUGCUUCACGCAGUUGACCAAAUCUUACAUUUAAUUCAACCAGAUCAAAAGUCCCGUUUGAAAAGAACUAUUUUAGGAUUGAAACAGUCCCAUCGUGAAGCCCUAAUGGAACCUUUUUUGUGUGUGUUGAUGUGUUCAUGAAAAGCUGAAAGACAUUCCUGAAUGCUGCUUGCACUUGACAUUUUAAAGUCAAGCUUGAGCUGUGCUGUCUGUAUGUGUUAAGAGUUAUUCAUCACUACUUUUCAAUGAGUUUCAUGGCAAAUUCACUCAAAAAAAUUCAAUAACUCAUCUCUCAAUUACAUGUUGGAAUUUAUUGUUUAGCUCACAUGAAUGCUGCCAUUGCUUAAUACAAGAGAUGUUAUAGCAAAGAACUACAUCCAGAUAUUGAUUGUACCAAAUAUUUUCUUUUUUACUUUGAAAUUUUAUUUAACAGAAUGUAUGUUAAGACUUGGUUUUCCAGCCCUCUUUAACUGGAAUAUAAGGCUGUUUUACUCCAACAAUCUUACCAUUAUUUUGUAAGCUAACAACGUUGUGCUGUUUUAAAGACGUGUUUUACUUCAACAUUGGUUUCGACAACAUGUUACAAAAUAUGGUGUUAUUUUUCACAAAGUGACUUUCGAGGUUCAAAGGUUUUUCUUUUUCUAAACGCUCGCCCAGCUCAUUGUGUUACUUGGCUGUCAUUGUUUGAGUGUACAUUUGUGUAUUUGGCAGUGUGAGCCCACAGUGAAACAAAUGGUGAACCGAAGUGAAAUCUCAGCUUUUAAAAGUGAAAGUAACCCUGACUGCUGUUGAAUGAUCAAAGCGGCCCAUGCAAAUAAAGUGUUGUACUUCCAAGGGAAUCAUUUGGCAUUACAGUGUAGUCCUCGGUUUGUUUUUCUCAGUUGCUCUCAGAAGCUGUCAUUCAUCUUAAUCUGCUGCUUAGUUUACUGUUGUAGUUGCCAGUCCAUUUAAUAAACUCGUCUAUUACAGAAAGAC